AAAACGCUCAGCGUGAGAGCCACGCAGCGAUUCGCCGACGCCCCCGCCGCAAAGAAAGAAAGAAAGAAAGAGAGGGGGAGAGUGGCGAGUGAAAGAGAGAGGGCGAGAGAGGAGCCAGCAAUUAGACGCCUUUAGAAGCCCCAUAAUGCUAAUGGCGUUGACAGUGCUCAUCAUCCUCGCAGCGCGGCCACCGCAAUCGCAAUCGUUUCGUUACCGGGCACCGCUGAUAACCGUUAACCGUUAACCGCCGCCUUGCGACCGAGUCAAUCAUCAAUCGUCCAUCGUCCACCGGCCGUCGUCAAUCGCCGCCGUCAAUCGUCCAUCGAAGCGGUACGGUCACGCUCCAAUCGCCGCGUUGCCGCCGCUCCAGUUAUCCAGUUUAUCAAUGUCACGCCGACGGAUGCCAACCGCUGGAGCAUCGCAGAUACAGAUACAGAUACAACAACCGCAUAGCAUAGCCGUGGUCUAUGGCUAUCUGAUCUGAAAAACAUUCGAUUUUGAGAAGUUGGACAGUGUUUUGAUUGUUGGUUCCAUCGACUAAACCCCUACCAAAUGGUCACCUGCGGCCGGCAAACGUUCAACAUGCUGCCCAUGGCGCCGACGAGUCCUUUCGUGAGCAGCAGCUCCUCGGCGGCCGCGUCCUCGACUUCCGUUUCCGCCAGCACGGCCAGCGCUUCCGCCUCUGCGGGCAGCAAGCCCAAGCUGGCCUUCAGCAUCGACUCGAUUGUGGGCGAGUCCUCGACGAGAUCGGCUCCCCUGAGGGUCAGUGUGAUAUCCUCGCCGGCGCCGCGCAGCGAGAGUCCCGCCUCGCCGACGAACACCAACAACAGUGGCCGGCGGACGCCCAGGGGAUACAUCUACUGCCGGAGGAGGGAUUCCCUGGACAGAUCGCGCAGUCCACAGAGAUCGCCGGUUAGCAGGUCGCCAACGCCUCCGAAUGGCAAUCCUCCUGCAAAAUCAGGGGAUCCCCCGCCAGCGGGAGCGGGCAAUCCGCCCAAUCCAACCCUCAUCCGUCCGAUGCCCUUGCCGGCGCCGAAUCUAGCUUUAAUCCAGAACCGCACCUCGCCGAACCCCCUGGCGGUGCGCAUGGCGGGUCCGCCCCACCCGCCGCCGCCCCCCUUCCUCGCCGCCCAGUUCCAAAUGGCUGCCGCCCUGGCCCACCAUCACCAGCAGCAGCAGCAGCAGCAACAGCAGCAGCAACUUCCGCCCGUGCCAACUGGACCGCCACAUGGUCCGCAUCCGCAUCUGCCGCCCGGCCAAAUGCCAAUGGGGAUCUUCCCGGGCGGCCCGCAUCCGGGACAUCCUCCGCCCCACGGCCACCACCCCUUCGGGAGUGCUCCGCACCUGAUCCGCGACAGCUAUCCGCUGUACCCGUGGCUGCUCAGUCGACACGGCCGCAUCUUUCCACGCUUUCCAGGCAAUUUCCUGUUCCAGCCAUUCCGCAAGCCGAAGCGCGUCCGCACCGCCUUCUCGCCGACGCAGCUGCUCAAACUGGAGCACGCCUUCGAGGGGAACCACUACGUGGUGGGGGCGGAGCGCAAGCAGUUGGCCCAGGGGCUCAGCCUGACCGAAACCCAGGUGAAAGUGUGGUUCCAGAACCGCCGCACCAAGCACAAGCGGAUGCAGCAGGAGGGCGGCGACGGGAGCGACACCAAGAGCAACAAGGGCAGCUCCUCGGGAGGCGGAGGAGGAGGCGAUGGCGAUGACGAUGGCAAGCACGAUGGUUCGCAGCACAGCUACGAGGAUGCAGAGGAUCCCGAGGAGGACGAUGAGAUCGAGGAGGACGACGAGGACGAGGUGAUCGAUAUGGAUGACUAUGGCAGUGAAAUGGAUGCGGAGGAGCACCAGCGACUAAGGGAACAGUUCCAGCAGCAGUUGGCCCAGCACCAGCAGCAGUUCAUCCAGCAGAAUCCUUCGGAUGCGGCGGCCACCUUGAGUCCGCAGCAGCAGCAUCAGUUGCUGCAGCAGCACCAGCAACAUCUGCAGCAGCAACACCAGCAGCAGCAGCAACACUUCCUCCAGCAGCAGCAACUCUAUCUGCGGGAAAGGGAGCGGGAGCGGGAAAAGUCCCGGGAAAGGGAAAGGGAGCGGGAAAAGUAGUGACCCAUAGUUGCUAAACUGGGCUUACUCGGCUAUUUUGUGUUCCUUUAAUUUCCUGUAAAUUAUUUGUCAACUGUAUAGCUUAAUUUAAAUUGUUUACUACUUAAAAUACAAAUAACAAAGCCAAUAAAUAAAAGAAAGAAAUCAUAUA